GGUGCCCCCCGCCUCCCCCCACCCCCAGCCAGUGUGCGCGGGGCUGGCUGCGUUGGGUGUUUGGGUCCAGGUUGGAUGUCCAUCCUAGGGUUUGUGUAGCCGGGUGUGCCCGUUUGGGUGUCCAUUUGUGUUGUGUGUGUGUGUGUAUGUGUGUCUGCGGGUUGCAUGUCUCUGAGGGUGUGUGUCUGUGCGUCCACCUCAGGUUCCCGGCUAGGGGCUGGGGCUCGUUCUUGUGGGUCCAGGCCUCUGUGUGGGUUGGGGGAGGGGAGUUUGCCGCUUCCUCGGUCCAUGUCAACUGGGGGGUCCUCAGCGGUCCUUGGGGGAGACGGCCAUGUCUUCCCCUUCCCGGUGCCUGGGAGGUGGGGGGGGAUGGGCGGCCGGUAGGUGGACAGAUGGAGGGAUGAGAGGCCGAGGGAUGGACAGAUGGGCUGGAGGGGAGGGGCACAGACCCGGCCCUUCCCCACCCACCCCACCCCAAUCCCCCCACCCGCCAGAUCUCCGCAGAUACGGCCUGCCUGAGUUGCCGGCAUACAGAUGGCCAGGCCGGGGGAUCUUUGGGCGGCUGGAGGGAGGAUUGCCUUGCAGCGGGGCUCUAGGACUCAGCCCCCCAACCCUUUGAGACUCCACCUGCUGAACUCUGACCUCAGGCCCUGGCAGGUGCCUCGGUUGGGGGUGGGGGAGGAUGUGCUGGGAGGGAAGGAUGUUAGGAUUUCUUUGAGCUGGGAUGUAGGUGGGGCGGGGGUACCUCAGGGCUGGGAGGGAUGCGUGUUCAUGACUGUGUGUGUGAAUGUAUGCCUAUCUGUUGACUAUGCCACUGUGGUUCAAUAUUUUAUGUGCAUUUUGGAAGUGUGUAAUGUCCCUCCCAGGGCUGUUGUGUGAGUAUGUGUCUGUCAUGAGUGAACAUCUCAGAAUGUGUGUGCAAGGUGGAUCUUUUUGUGCCUGUGGGCUUGAUUAUCAGUUUUUGUGUUGCCUGUGUGUGCUUGUAGUUAUGUGUAUGUGUGAGGUGUGUAUCUGCUGGUGUGUGCAUUUGUGCAUCUGGCGGUGUGGGGAUGGAGCAGUUUUGUGACCAUGCACCUUGGGGAUAUGUGAAGUUGUGUGAGUGUGUAGGAUUGUGUCUGGGCAUUUAAGAGCCUGCACCUGUGUGUCACCUGUAUGUGCAAGUGAGUAUAUGUUGUAUGUAUGGGCCCCUGUGUGUUGGCAAGUGUGCACGUGUGUGUCUGUUAUAGAAGCAUGAAUCUGGUUGUCUGCAAGGGGGCACACAGGUUUCUCUGCUGUGUGUGUCUGUGGGUAUGUAUGAAUGUGCAAAGGAAAGUCAGUGCUGUACAUGCGUGCUUGUGUGCAGGUGUGUCCACCUUGAGGGUGUGUGUCUGUGCUGUGAGUCCAUUUAUGUGUCAGUGUUGGUCUUUGGGGAUUGGGGUUGUAUCUGUUCAUACGUGCAGGGCAAUCUGUAUGCACGUGCUUGUCUCCCUGGCACGGGGCUGACCUUACUUCUUGGCCCAGUGAGACUGGAGCCUGUGUGGCCUGACCUGUGGUAUGCUGGGGUCCUUCGUGGAGGGGGGUGUCCAAGGACACAAGUGUGUCCACAUGCCGGGCCAAGAGCCCACGGAGAGUGGGGGCACACAUCUGGCUGGUGUGUUCCUAGAAAUCCAGAUGUGGAGACGGUCCAUGUGGGUUUUGGUGUGUCCGCAACAUGUUGGUAUGGCAAUGGUAUGAUGGCGAGGAUGGGAGCCUCUGGUUCUUUCCUACAAAGUUGGUGGACUGGGAUGUGAACUCUGUAACACGCUGGGAUCCUGAAAUCCUGGAUCUACAAGAGAAGGUACCGGCCCAGGCCCUGACUCCCUGCAGAGAGGUGAGUGGGGUCCUCCAGGCUGGGGAGAGAGAUGUGGAGUGAUUGGGCCUGCUCUGAGACAGUUGGAGGCCUGAAGCCCUGCCUGAUGAAGAAACCGAGAUUCAGAGAGGUUCAGACACUUGCCCGAGGUCACACAGCUAGUCUCACGCCCCGCUGCUCCCGCCUUCCCCCUGCACCAUGGCUCCGGGCCCCUUCACCUCGGCGCUCCUCUCGCCGCCGCCUGCUGCCCUGCCCUUUCUGCUGCUGCUCUGGGCUGGGGCAUCCCGUGGUCAGCCCUGCCCCGGCCGCUGCAUCUGCCAGAACGUGGCGCCCACGCUGACCAUGCUGUGCGCCAAGACUGGCCUGCUCUUCGUGCCGCCGGCCAUCGACCGGCGCGUGGUGGAGCUGCGGCUCACGGACAACUUCAUUGCGGCUGUCCGCCGCAGGGACUUUGCCAACAUGACCAGCCUGGUGCACCUCACCCUGUCCCGCAACACCAUCGGCCAAGUGGCCGCUGGCGCCUUCGCCGACCUCCGCGCCCUCCGCGCCCUGCACCUGGACAGCAACCGCCUGGCCGAGGUCCGCGGGGACCAGCUCCGCGGCCUGGGCAACCUCCGUCACCUGAUCCUUGGCAACAACCAGAUCCGCCGGGUGGAGUCCGCCGCCUUUGAUGCCUUCCUCUCCACCGUGGAGGACCUGGAUCUGUCCUACAACAACCUCGAGGCCCUGCCGUGGGAGGCUGUGGGCCAGAUGGUGAACCUGAACACCCUCACGCUGGACCACAAUCUCAUCGACCACAUCGCUGAAGGGACCUUCGUACAGCUGCACAAACUGGUUCGCCUGGACAUGACCUCCAACCGCCUCCAUAAACUGCCCCCCGAUGGCCUCUUCCUGCGGUCCCAGGGUGCGGGGCCGAAGCCGCCCACGCCGCUCACGGUCAGCUUUGGCGGCAACCCGCUGCACUGCAACUGCGAGCUGCUCUGGCUGCGGCGGCUAACCCGGGAAGACGACCUGGAGACAUGCGCCACCCCCGAGCACCUCACCGACCGCUACUUCUGGUCUAUCCCAGAGGAGGAGUUCCUGUGCGAACCGCCGCUCAUCACGCGGCAGGCGGGGGGCCGGGCCCUGGUGGUGGAGGGCCAGGCGGUCAGCCUGCGGUGCCGCGCCGUGGGGGACCCCGAACCCGUGGUGCACUGGGUCGCGCCCGACGGGCGGCUGCUGGGGAACUCAAGCCGGACCCGGGUACGGGGGGACGGGACGCUGGAUGUAACCAUCACCACCUUACGGGACAGUGGCACCUUCACCUGCAUCGCCUCCAAUGCCGCCGGGGAAGCCACGGCACCUGUGGAGGUGUGCGUGGUGCCCCUGCCUCUGAUGGCGCCCCCGCCGGCAGCCCCGCCACCUCUCACCGAGCCUGGCUCUUCCGACAUAGCGACACCCGGCCGCCCUGGUGCCAACGAGUCAGCUGCUGAGCGCCGGCUCGUGGCGGCGGAGCUGACCUCGAACUCGGUGCUCAUCCGCUGGCCUGCCCAGAGGCCUGUACCCGGAAUCCGCAUGUACCAGGUCCAGUACAACAGCUCCGUGGAUGACUCCCUGGUCUACAGGAUGAUCCCAUCCACCAGCCAGACCUUCCUGGUGAAUGAUCUGGCAGCGGGUCGCGCCUAUGACCUGUGCGUGCUGGCUGUCUAUGACGAUGGGGCCACAGCACUGCCGGCCACUCGAGUGGUGGGCUGCGUGCAGUUUACCACCGCUGGGGAUCCUGCACCCUGCCGCCCACUGAGGGCCCAUUUCUUGGGCGGUACCAUGAUCAUCGCCAUCGGGGGCGUCAUCGUCGCAUCGGUCCUCGUCUUCAUCGUUCUGCUCAUGAUCCGCUAUAAGGUCUACGGUGACGGGGAUGGCCGCCGUGUCAAGGGUACCUCCAGGUCGCCGCCGCGGGUCAGCCACGUUUGCUCGCAGACCAACGGUGCAGGUGCAUCGCAGGCCGCGCCCCCGCCGGCGCAAGACCGUUACGAGGCGCUGCGCGAGGUGGCGUCCCCAGCUGCUGCCGCAGUGGCGGUCGAGGCCAAGGCAACUGCAGUUGAGACGGCUACCGCGGAGCCAGAGACCGUCCUUGGACGCUCCCUGGGCGGCUCGGCCACCUCGCUGUGCCUACUGCCAUCUGAGGAAACCUCUGGGGAGGAGUGUCAGGCAGCGGCGGGCCCUCGGAGGAGCCGUUCCGGGGCCCUGGGGCCGCCAGCUUCGGCGCCUCCCACUCUAGCUCUGGUUCCUGGGGGGGCCCCGCCUCGGCCGAGGCCACAGCAGCGCUAUUCGUUCGACGGGGACUACGGGGCACUCUUCCAGAGCCACAGUUACCCGCGCCGCGCCCGGCGGACAAAGCGCCACCGGUCCACGCCACACCUGGACGGGGCCGGAGGGGGCGCGGCCGGGGAGGACGGAGACCUGGGGCUGGGCUCCGCCAGGGCACGCCUGGCCUUUACCAGCACCGAGUGGAUGCUGGAGAGUACCGUGUGAGCGACGGGCGGGCGCCAGGACGCCUGGGUGCCGCGGACUAACGCCCAGCCGCACGGACGCUGGGGCAGGACUCGGGGAGAAAGCACGGCGCCUAGUCGUCGGACUAGAGGCGGAGACUUGCCCUUCUUGUCCCCGGAGUUGGGGGGGCGGGGCUCCCUCGUCUGCGGCUCUUGGUCAUGCCCCCGGGCCCGAGGGGGUUAGGGGGCAGGCAGCCGGGCCCCCCUCCUCCACGGACUCCUCGCCCCCCUCCUGCCCCUCCCCCCGCGCGCUCGCGGACCUCGCUGGAGCCGGUGCCUUACACAGCGAAGCGCGGGGAGGGGCAGGGCCCCCCCGACACUGCAGCACUGAGACACGAGCCCCCUCCCCCCGCCCGGGACCCGGGGCAGGGGCGAGGGGCCCAUUUCUUGUAUCUGGCUGGACUAGAUCCUAUUCUGUCCCGCGGCGGCCUCCAAAGCCCCCACCCCCACCCCAUUCACUUCCCUGGUCCCGUCGGGUCUGGCUUGGGGUCCCCCUUUCUCUGUUCCCUUCGUCUCUGUCCUGCCCCCUGUCGUCUUUGUCUUACGCGUCUGCCCUUCCCUAUUUGUGUCCCCUUUCUCUGUCCCGUCGUCUCUUCUCCCUCCACCCUCCCAUUUCUUGUCCAGUUGUUUCCCUAUCUCUCCCGAUUACCUCUUCCCCUGCACAUUCUCCCGGGCAGGUCCCACUGGAAGGACCAGACUCUCCCCUAUUCCUUCCUCUUUUCCCAAAUAAAUCCCCACAUGAACAAAGUCCAAAACCAAAUUCCCCUCCCUGCCGGAGCCGGGACCCUCCGCCGCAGCAGAAUUAAACUUUUUUCUGUGUCUGAGGCCGCUCUGCUGA